ACCGAAAAUAAAUAUGGUAAAUUACCAAAAUAGAAAUAUGACUAUUAUGUAUUAUGGAAAUUUUAGGAAUUAGUUUAUACCGAUUACCAAUGACAGUCUAUGUACCAUUUUCAUUGUUCAUAGUUCAUUAAUAUUGUUCACCAUAUUAUUAUGUCUAUACUGCUUCGGCACUUCGUGACGAUCUUAUGACGCUCGAGGCAGUCAACUUGUUAAAGCUUCUUCACGGUUUGAUGGCAUGUAUAAUAGUUAUAAUAGUUGACAUCUUCUAUAGACUAUAGUAUUGUGUCAAUUAUAAAUACGAGUUUUCAAUUCAUUUAUUUUAUAAAUUUACUGUCGUAAAUAAAUUGAGUUUUGUGAUAUUUCCUUAUUAAUAUUAUUCAAAAGUUUAACUACACAAGUUUAUACAAUGAAUCCAGAAUUUUCCUACAAAUACAAUGGUGGAGAAAAAAAGGGUAUUCGAUAUUUGGUAUGUCGUGAACGGUAUUGUAAAGGAACAGCCAAAAGACUUGCUAAUGGCAUUAUUGUUAACCAAAUACCACAUACCCAUGAGCCUAAUAAUCUUGAAACCGAACGGCUGGAAUCAAAAAAAGAGUUUAGGUCAAAAUUGAUUCAAAGAGCAGUUGAAGAAACUACAAAACUUCGAAUCAUCUACGAUGAAGAAUGUUUAAGAUAUGCUAGAGCUGCUGUACAUUAUUGUUGGCCAACAGCUGAAACCUCUAUGCGUAAAGCUCGUAAAAAAAUUAUUCCCCCAUUACCACCUACACUGGAUGCAUUAAAAGAGUACCUUGAACAACAUUUGGAUAGAUAUAAAUGUUGUGGUCAUUCAUUCUAUCAAGAUUAUACUAUUGACAAUCAAGGAAAGUAUACAGUGAUAUUUGGUUGUAUUGAUCUUAUCCGUAAAGUGGUUAAUCAAGGCGGUGAAGAAGUGCAUGCUGAUGCAACUUUUAAGGUUGUACCAUCUCGACCAAAUUGCAGACAGUUAUUUAUAAUGCAUAUCAUCAUUCAAAACCAUUCUAUACCAGUGAUAUAUGUAUUGAUGGAAUCAAAAACUGAGACAGCAUACACUCAGGUUUUGAUGAAGUGUAAAGUUCUAUUUCCAGAAAUUAAGCCAAUAUGUAUAAUGACUGACUUUGAAAUUGCAUUACAGAAUGCUUUCAAAAUUGUAUAUCCAGAUGCAAUUCAACAUGCAUGUUUUUUUCACUAUGUCCAGUGUUUGGUCAAAAAUAUUAGGAGUCAAGGAUUAAUACCCUAUGUUACAAACAACGAAAUGGCUCAAAUAUGCAUUAAAAUGACAGCUGCUUUAGCUUUAUUACCAUCUAACAAAAUAGAAGAAGGUUUCCAAAUAAUUCGACGAUACAGCAGGGACAACAAUAUAAAUCUGACUUCCUUUUUUACUUAUUUCUCUAAUUAUUGGAUACAGACAAGAGGACCAGAAGUGUUUUCAGUUCACGGUGUUCCUCGAAGAACCAAUAAUAAUAUUGAGUCAUUCCACAGCCAGCUUAAAGAAAAAUUCCAAACUGUUCAUCCUAAUCUAUGGACAUUUUUAAGUGAUUGAUUUAAAUUUAAUUGU